GCCGGUAUUAUCCUUAGAAAAGGCGGAGGGAAGUGAGAGUUGAGGCUUGGAGACGGUGAGAAUGGCAGGUCCCGGUAAAUGCUUCCUCGUUACUGGCCCUCCUGGCGUGGGUAAGACCACUCUGAUAACGAGGGUGCUGGAGACUCUCAAAAUCUCAAACCCUAAUUUGAAGGUUCAGGGUUUCUACACUAGCGAGGUGAGAGAAGCCAGUGAAAGAGUUGGGUUCCAAGUGGUUACAUUAGAUGGUCGCAAGGGACCUCUCGCCUCUUCUUCUAUUUCCAGCCCAGAGUCUCUAAGAUGGCCUAGUGUUGGGAAGUACAGAGUGGAUAUAGCAUCCUUUGAGGCAUUAGCAUUGCCCGAGUUGCAGGUGAAAGAAGACACUGAUCUUUUCAUCAUCGACGAGGUUGGUAAAAUGGAGCUGUUCAGUUCAUCAUUCUUUCCUGCUGUUCUAAGAGUUCUGGAAUCAAAUAUUCCAGUUUUGGCCUCCAUCCCAAUUCCAAAAUUCGGCCGAGAUAUACCUGGAGUUGCACGGUUGAGGAAUCAUCCAGGAGCAACAAUUUUCACUUUGAACACCGGCAACAGGGAUUUUGUUAAAGAACAGAUUUACUCCCAACUCAGAGACUUACUACAGAAGCAUUAGGUGUUGCUCAGGUGUGCUUUAAAAUUGUGUUUGCUGUGGCUCUUCCGCAAAGUCAAGGACAAUCCUUCGUGGCUUGAUAAAAUUUUACCUUGUAAGAGAUGUAUUGGCAGCUCAUGUAAUUGUUUUUAUCUUGGGCUUUAAAAGGUAGCCUUUAUGGCUGGUCAGGGUUUCAACUCUCCUGUUUGACUACUUCUGCUUCAAACUUUUGCACUUCCCCCCUGUGGGGAACUAACUGAAUCAGCACACUUUUGUUCAGCUGAUUAUUAUUAUUUUUUUUUCAAAAAAGGGACCCAAAAUGUCAAAUUUACAUAAUGAAACUCUGUUAAAAGUAAUGAUUAAUAAAAAAGAGGCUUUUCAGUUUUCAA